GAUUCUUUCAGAAAGCCUUAACCUGUAGAUCGGGGACCACCCUCCUGAUAUCCCCUUAGGUUGACACCACACCUAGGUCCUCCUCGCUAUCGUGUAGAGGCGUCUGCCUAACAUGCGGUUCCAUCUUAUGGGAGGGCUUCUACUACCGUCGGGUAUCGAAUGCCGUACCGCGACGCCCAUGGUGUUUGAGAAAACAGAUACCUACGUACCUAAUACAUGUCAAUCCUACAGACGAGGUAGAAAGGGUCACCAAGGAGCCUUGCUGGAAAGGUUGGAUGCGUACCUGCGUGCCAGCGUACUUCAACCAACCAGGAGCGUGAAUACGUCAAGCCUUAGGAGCAUACUCUGUCAGACCUCGUCCGGCAUUUACCGUCUGCGACAACAAGGUGCUCCCAUAAUGAUUCUGUAUAUGCGUUGGUCCGUGUCUGCGAAUGAUUUGAAGCGGCCCUGACGCCCAUUGUCAUUAGCAGCAAUCCUGUAUCAUCCCCACCCGCCGGCCUCUGCCCU